AUGGGUUCAAAAUCUUUCCUUGGAACGUGUUUUCUGUUCUUGGUAGCGUUCUCCUUAACAGCCAAUGCUGCAGAUUUUGAUGUCAGGAAAUAUGGAGCCAAGGCAGAUGGCAAGACAGAUGAUAGCCAGGCCAUCAAUAAAGCAUGGACAGACGCAUGCACAGCCACGAGUCAAAGCACGGUUGUGAUAGAGAAGAGAAACUAUUUGGUUGGUCCCGUCAGGUUUGGAGGACCCUGCAAGGCACCCAUCAGCAUCAAGGUUGCAGGAACCCUAGUGGCUCCAGCUGAACCUGAGAAGCUCAAAUCCCAGGAUGGAUGGGUGGUUUUCCAAAAUGUCGACAACUUAUCUGUGUUCGGAGGGUGAGUUUUCGACGGCCAAGGAAAAUUAGCUUGGUCCAGAAACGAUUUUGCCAAAACUGGAAAGUGCAAUUCACUUCCUAUCAAUAUACGAAUUACUGGGGUUACCAAUUCACACAUUCAAGACAAAACAUCGUUGAACAGCAAGCUGUUUCACAUAAACGUCAUCAACUCCAAACACCUGACCCUUCAACGUAUCACCAUCGAUGCACCUCAAGAAAGCCUAAACACAGAUGGAAUCCACAUUGGUCGCUCAUCAUAUAUCAAUGUUACCGAUGCAAACAUCAAGACUGGGGAUGAUUGUGUCUCUCUAGGUGAUGGAAGCCAGAACAUAAAUGUCGAGAAGGUGACUUGCGGCUCUGGCCAUGGCAUCAGUAUUGGUAGCCUGGGAAGAUAUCACGACGAGCAACCUGUUCAGGGAGUCACUGUCAGAUACUGCCAGAUUUCGAAUACCACAAAUGGGGUUAGGAUUAAAACUUGGCCAGCUUCUCCUAAUGGUGUGGCCUCAGAUUUGCAUUUCGAGGACAUUUCUAUGGACAACGUCAAAACCAACCCUGUACUUGUAGACCAAGAAUAUUGCCCAUAUGGUCAAUGCCAAGCAAAGUUACCGUCUAAAGUCAAGAUCAGCAAUGUGAGCUUCAAGAACAUUAGGGGCACAACUCAAGACCUUGUGGCUGUGAAGCUCGUUUGCAGCAGAGGGAUACCGUGCCAGAAUGUGCAAGUUGCUGACAUCAACUUAACAUAUAAUGGGAACAAAAAUGGAACUGCCAUAUCUGAAUGUGCCAACGUGAAGCCUACCGUGUCAGGAUUUAAUCAUCCACAAGUUUGUGCAAAGAACGUUGCUUAA